GCCAAAACUUCUAAGUAAAAUCACAUGAUCUGUAUUUUGUCAUAUGACAUUGAUGAGCCCGACAAACAACCAGAAACUAGCAACUCACGGUGGACUUCACUAAAAGAAAGACAACCGUCAGGGAUGAAAUUCUAUAAAACUUUUUUGUGACUUUGACGAUAAUAUCUGGAGUAUGGAAUGUUGGGGAGUUUUGACUGCGAUAGCUGCCGCUUGUCUGCUAGGUGUGGUGGUGAGCCAGACGACGGCUCCGAUGUUCGCUCUUUCUGUGAUGAACACCACAUUCAUUGAGAAUGUGACAGAAACAACCACAUUCAGUGAGACCCCUACAUUCAAUGAGAAAGAGACAGCAACCUCCCAUAUGAUCCUCAGCACCACGUCCCCAGGCUGCUCUGCCCUCUGUGAGGCCUGUGUCCCAGGGUCCUAUUCCGACAACGACACCAUCCUGUGUUCCUGCUGCCAUGAGCCAGGGUUGUGUCUGUUCACUGGGGCUUGCCUCCCAUGUUCCAGAGGGUUCUUUCAGAGUCUGGCUGGACAACAGCGAUGUCUGCCCUGCAGCCAGGGUUUUUACACCAAUUUCACCGGCAGCCCUGUGUGUCAGUCCUGCCCCGCAGGCUCCUACAGCAACAACACAGGCUCCGACUCCUGCCAAAGUUGUUCUCCAGGUUUCUAUACGUCUCAACAAAAUGCCACAUUGUGCAGUCCAUGUCAACGAGGAACAUUCUGCAACGCUUCCAGGUGUGCUCUGUGUCAGAUCUGUCCUGCUGGUACAGAGUCCCUCCAGGCUGCUGCCAAGGAAUGCACACCUUGUCGUCCAGGCCUGCACAAGGCUCCCCGUCAGAGUAUGUGUCAAAUCUGCAGCAGCGGCUUCUUCCAGAUCCACUGGGGCCAGGAGACCUGUAACCUCUGCCCCGAAAACCACUACUGCCCAAGUCCAGACGUGAACCCCAUCCUGUGCCCUGGCGUUGCCUUCUGUCCUGAAGGCAGCACUGCUCCAGGUUACUGCAUGGAGACCUUCUUCCGCAAGGCAGGGGAGGACUGCGAGCUGGCCCCUAUCGCCAUUGCUCUACUUGUCAUUGGAGGAGGGGUGGCCCUACUCUUUGUCAUCCUACUGGUGUUGCGUCGAAUGCGAGACACAGAUGGAGAGCUUUCCCUCGCGCGACAAUUUCUGUUAACCAAAGAGAGGCCGCAAGGUGAAUACUACGGGAUCCCAGGUGAUGCCGCGCCAGUAUAUGCUGGUUGGUGAGCAUGUCCCCAGCCUCAUCUGAUACUUCCUAUUAUUGGGGUGAAAUGUCUGGCUUUUAGAGCAGAAUCAAGGGAAGUCUAUGUGCCUCAGUUGUGGACUAAUGGACCAUAAGAGAAAGCAGACACCAAAUCCUAGCCAUGGUUUACCGAAUGUCCAUUUGACUAUUUUUGACAACUCACCAGCUUUCCUGCGAUUUAUAUCUUCAAGAUGUAUUUUUAACAAGCAGAAGUGUUUUUCAUCUGUAUUCUGUGCUUUAGUGAUGGUGGAUCCCGUUACAUUUGUUCAAAAUAAGAAAAAAUGUCAAUUGAAUUUACCUUUGCAUUCCUUUAGAUUAAUUAGGUAAAUGGUUUAAAGAGGCACACACUGGAUGGUUUAGGAGGGUUGAAAAUGGAGCUUGCGGGCCUCUAUAAGGACUUGGUGGAGACCUUGUGUUAUGAAAAUCACUUUUGUUGAUGUUUGUAAAUGCACUCAGUCAUGGUACAUCGAUGGGUGUUUAACUUAUGCUUUGAAGAUUGUUUUAAGUAAAUGUUCCCCUCUGUCACAGAAAUAAUCUAUUUGCUGAUUAUACAUAUUAAUCAUUUUGGUGAUCUGAGGUAUUAUGUGUUAUCUUUUUUAUUUUCUGUUUGAAAGGCAUCACAUCUAUGUUCAUCAAUAGAAAUGUUUUUGACCUAUGCUAUUUAAAAGAAAAUUCUAUUUGUAUGUUUUAAAGAAAAACACUGACUCUGACUGCAAUAAAGCAUAGCCAUGCACUACUCUCAA